AUGCCCGGUGUGCCCAGUGGCAUGGCUCCAAGGGCCAGCUGCCACAUGGCCUUGGGUGGGUCACCUUUCCUGUGCACACCUGGUGGCCUCAGGCAUGUCAUCGCCCCCACAGAGCUGGCCACCAUGUGGCCUGGGUCACCAGAAAGCAUCCUCUGGGAUCUGCGCCCCUUAGACAUCCUCUCCGAGGUCAUCCCCCCGAGUGGCAGUGGCCCCUCUGCUGGCUUAAGGAUCAUUCAGACCCAAGGGGCCCGGGGCUUCCAGCUCUCUGCUGUGUCCAGCCCCCGCCUUCUGAGCUUCCCGGCUUCCAGGAUUUUUCUAUACUGUGACCUCUUUCCAGAAGAAUUCUCCAUCAUUGUCACUCUGAAGGUCCUCAACCUCCCACCCAAGAAGAAUGAGUACAUCUUCACGGUGGUAGAGGAGGCCAGCGACACGCUGAUGGUGGGCCUGCGUUACUCCCCCAGCAAGCUGCACUUCCUCUUCCUGAGUCAAGAGCACUCAGGCAGCUGGCAGACCCGAGUGACCUUCCAGGACGUCUCUCUGACUGACAAUCAGUGGCACACUCUGGUUCUGGCCGUGUCCGAAGGCUCCUUCUCCCUCACUGUGGACUGCAGCGUGCCCACAGAUGUGAUUGUUGACACACCAUUCCCAAUGUCGCUGACCAUGAAGGGGUCCCAGUUUUUCAUUGGGAGCCGACGGAGAAAGAAGGGCACCUUCACUGGCUUGUUGAGGCAGCUGGUGCUGCUGCCUGGCUCUGAUGCUACCUCCCGGAUGUGCCCGAGCAGGAAUUCUCAGCUGGCCGUUCUGUCCAUCCCCUCAGUCCUGCAGGACCUCACAGGCAGGCCAGAAGAUGAGGUGUUCCGUUAUCCGUAUGAAGCUGACAUGAAAGUGACCUUGGGCCCUCGUCCUCAGUGCUCCAGGAUGGAAGAUGCCCGGUUCUGGUUCGAUGUCUCUCGGAGGGGCCUCUACCUGUGUGUUGGCAAUGAGUGGAUAUCCAUGAUAGAAGCCAAAGUGAAACUUGAUUAUGUGGAGGAGUACCAGAGCCUGUUCACCCCAUCCGAGACCAUGGGCAUCGAGGUCUUCACCAUCCCCCACGUGGGGCUUCUUGCUGCUGCAGCCAAUCGCCAGGCCAGCUCUACCAUCUACAAGUGGGUGGAUGGCAAGUUUGUGUCUUACCAGAACCUCCCCACUCACCAAGCCCAGGCAUGGAAAUACUUCACUAUAGGAAGAAAGGUCUUCCUCGCUGUGGCAAAUCUGGAGCCCAAAGAGAAGGGUCGGCAGGAGCUCUCCGUCAUUUACAAGUGGAGCCCCAGAAAACUCAAGUUUGUCGCCUACCAGAGAAUUGUCACUCACAGCGCCAGGGACUGGGAAGCCUUUGAGAUCGCAGGGGAGUCCUUUCUGGCCGUGGCCAACCACCGCGAAGGGGACAACCACAACAUCGACAGCGUCAUCUACAAAUGGAACCCGAGGUCGGGGCUGUUCGAAGCCAACCAGACCCUCGCGACCUCGGGCGCUUAUGACUGGGAGUUCUUCACUGUGGGACCCUACUCGUUUCUGGCAGUGGCCAACACAUUUAACGGCACAUCCACCAAGGUGUUUUCUCACACCUAUGUCUGGCUCCUUGGCUCCUUUCGGCUCUUCCAGUCUUUCCUGACCUUCGGGGCUGCAGACUGGGAAGUCUUCCACAUCGGGGAGAGGCUCUUCCUUGCUGUGGCCAACAGUCACAGCUAUGACAGCGAAACUCAGGUGCAGAACAAUUCCUACGCUAUCAACUCGGUCAUCUACGAGCUGAACGUCACUGCCCAGAUGUUCGUCAAGUUCCAAGACAUUCCCACCUACAGUGCUCUGGACUGGGAGUUUUUCUCUGUGGGAGAAGAUUACUUCCUGGUGGUAGCAAACUCCUUCGAUGGGGAGUCCUUCUCAGUGAACAGUAUUAUAUACAGGUGGCAAGGCUAUGAAGGCUUCGUGGCGGUUCACCAUCUCCCAACCUUCGGCUGCAGGGACUGGGAAGCCUUCAACACAACCACAGGUUCCUACCUCAUGUAUUCCAGUGCAAAGGAGCCACUCUCCAGGGUGCUGAGGCUGAAAAUGAGCUGA